AUGAGUAAUUCAAGAAAAUUUGAUGGAUCCCCGUCCACACUUCUCCCGGAAGAAAAUCACGAGGAACCCAAGUCCAAGGAUACAAGCUCACCAUCUGCAGCUCCAGGGAGUGAGUCGAUGAAUGGCAUCAACAAACCAGUCAUUCUGGAAAUCCCUAGUGGAUUUGAUGUCAUAAGUUGUGUGGUGCAAUUUGCACUGCAUUUCGGGCUUUUUGUAAAUGUGCUUACUGGCCAUGGACUCAUUUCUGAUGUCGAUGUUGCCUAUUCACCCGGUGCAAUCCGUCCGCUGUGCAGUUCUACAUGCUAUCACAUAAUUUCAUUUUCGGGGACUUACCGUGGUUCAGAUGCUGCUUCUGGAAACAUUAUUAGUGUUUUCCAUGUUCAAUUUGUAGAUGAUAAGGGUAAUGUUAUGGGGGGACGAAUUCUGUCUCACACGAAAGCAGCAAGUACUGUUACGCUUGUUCUUGCUGUUUCUAAAAACGCGUGA